CUGUGUCCCUCGGACACAGUGGAUCACCAAUCCACGGAAAGAGCCGAAGAUGUCGGCUCGGUCAUGUGAUCAGCUGUGUCCAAUCACAGCUGAUCACAUGGGACAUGUGCACUGAUCAUCAGAGCACUGAUGAUCAGUGUGCCCUGAUGAUCUGUGUAGCCCCAGCAGCACCACUUGUCAGUGUCUAUCAGUGCCAGCUCUCAGUGUUCAUCCAUGCCACCUGCCAGUGCCCAUCAGUGCCACAUUAAUGCCACAGAUCAGUGCCCAUCUGAGCUGUCUUUCAGUGUCACCCAUCAGUGCCAGUCAGUGCCACCUAUCAAUGCCAGUCAGUGCCACCUAUCAGUGCUGCCAAUCAGUGCCACCUAUCAGUGCCGCCUAUAAGUGCCAGUCAGUGCCGCCUAUCAGUGUGCAUCAGUGCCGCCUAUCCGUGCCCAUCAAU